GAAGCAAGUAUAUACACAGUCUUUGCUCCCACUGGGACAGGAAGAGAAGACAAGCAUGGAAAGCAGACUGAGAGGCUUGGCCUAAUAGAAAACAACAACAGUAUUUGCUAAGAGAAACCUGGCCCAUUUUCUGAAUAUGUCUGAAAAUGUCAAGUAGGCUUUAUUAAUAAGUGAAAUUGAGAGUGAGGACUAUCCACCUGCAAGCCAUUACCUGACAGGUCAGAGGAAAUUUCCUGAAUAGCCUUCCAUGUAUAUAUAUAAGGAACCAGAGCUAGGUAGUUAGCAGUACACAACAUCACUGCGAAGUCUCCCAGCAUCCAGGUAACUAAGGUGUGGUUUUGGAUUAUCAAACAAUGAUGAACAUGGGCCCUGUCUCCUGCCUUGUUAUCCUUUUAUUUCUCUUUGGCAAGACUGUGACCACAGAAAGUAGAAACCUUAACUUUGGCCAAUGUGAACUGAGUGGUGUAUCUUUCCAGGAACUAAGAAAUUACUUUGGUGCAAUCAAACAAACUGUUCAGACUCAGGAUAACAGGACUGAGGUAGUAUUACUGAAGGAAAGUGUCCUGCUGGAAGUCCCGCUGUCAGAAAGCUGCUGCUUACUACGUCACUUGCUGAGGUUUUACGUUGAAAGAGUUUUCAGGCACUAUGAAGCAACAAGCAACAUGCUUAGAAGGAAAACCAGCACUUUAGCCAAUGCCUUCCUCAGCAUCAAGACAAAUCUGAGAGUGUGUCAUGAUCAAAACAAAUGUGCCUGUGGCGAAGAGUCCCACAGAAGACAUAAAGUUGUAUUGGAGGAGUAUGAAAAGCUUGAAAAGAAUAUUGCAGCAGUCAAAGCUCUGGGGGAGAUGGAUGUUUUGUUUGCCUGGAUGGAAAACAUCAGAAACUAACUCUGCAUUAGAGAAGCUGUUGAACGGAACACUAAAAAUGGCAAAAAGUGGUUUUUCAUUUCAAGAACUUAAACAAUAUUGAUAUUUAUUUAAUUUAUUUUGCAAAGCCCAUGUUUACAAUUUAGUAAUACAGCUCUUGUAAUGACAUCUCUCUCUCGAUUGUGCUAAGGUUUCUAGAAUAGGUGGGAACUCUCUUCUAGCUUAGUUGGUAACUUAAGCCAAAAAAGACUUCAGGAGCUUGUGAAACUCUUCCCUCCUUUUGAGUUGGGCAUUUAGGAGUUCUUGGCUAACAUGAUGUAUGUUAUAACAGUUCCAUAACACUGCACUCCAGGACUGCUGUGGACUUCUGAGGCAGCCUCAAUGCUGUUCAGAAGCAGCGGUAGCAGA